AAAGCAGUCAGUGAUGAAAUGUAAAAUUUUCCUGAAACAGCAGCCAGGAUUUUACAGCUUCCUCCCAGAGUUUCCUGGAAACAUUUCGGGAAAGGUUCCUGGGGAAGGAGGGAUAAUGCCCCCCCGCUGGCAGGAAAAGCUGGUUUUUGAGUCUGGAUAUGAGACGGGGUGACUUGUUAAGUGGGAUUUGGUUUGCAGCAGACAGAGUGUGAAGAGGAGGCGGAGAGAGCAGGUCAGGAAGCUGAGCACUUAGGAAUGUUGGAAUGUGGCUCCGAACAUCCAGGGCUUCAGAUUCACUGUGGGAUGAGAGGAGAGACGAGCUGAGCUCAUCUCGGCCGCCCGAGGCCUCAGACACAAAUGCAUCUGAGCAGGAAUAAGGAACGCCAAUGUUCCGGGCCGUCCUGCAGAGAGAUUUGAGAGCUCAGAAAGAAGCUGCUGAGCUGCUGGAGGCACUUUUGGAGAGAAACCCGUUCUCCUGGAGCUGGUCCAAGAAGAAACAAUGUGCCGUAUUCAGAGCCCAGAACGGGGGGGUGCAGCUUCGCAGCUGGCGCUCCAACGCACAGCCUGUAGAUAUGGUUUCCAUGUCGGAGUCAGAGCUCCGAGCUGAAAAACUCUCUGAGCAUCCUGCUCUUGUUUUUGGAAAUUUAACCUGAAACCUGGAGCAGAACCCGGAGCUGGUGUUGGAAAAUAGAUUCCUGUUUCAAUUAUUUCUGAGUGAAACGACUCUGCUGUUUAACCCGACUGCAGAAGGAAGCAGCUCCCAUUUAUCGGAAAAGUACAAAUCCAUAUUCUUCCAGUGAACAACUACAUUUUCUGCAUUAAUGAUGGAGUCAGGACUGAUUUCAGGAUCCGGUAGACGCACGGCAUGUUGGGACGAAACGGGACGUCCUCACUGUGAGGAUGAAUUCCAUCCUUUCAUCGAAGCUCUGCUACCCCACGUCCGGGCCUUUGCCUACACAUGGUUCAACCUGCAGGCCCGCAAGAGGAAGUUCUUCAAGAAGCAUGAGAAGCGCAUGUCCAAGGAGGAGGAGCGCGCUGUGAAGGACGAGCUGCUCAGUGAGAAGCCAGAGGUCAAACAGAAGUGGGCUUCCCGCUUGCUGGCCAAACUGCGUAAGGACAUCCGACCCGAGUUCAGGGAGGACUUUGUUCUGACUGUGACGGGGAAGAAGGCUCCGUGCUGCGUGCUGUCCAACCCAGACCAGAAGGGCAAAAUGAGGAGAAUCGACUGCCUGCGGCAGGCCGACAAGGUGUGGAGGCUGGACCUGGUCAUGGUGAUUUUAUUCAAAGGUAUUCCCCUGGAGAGCACGGACGGGGAGCGGCUCGUCAAGUCGCCGCAGUGCUCCAACCCGAGUCUGUGCGUGCAGCCGCAUCACAUCGGCGUCUCAGUAAAGGAGCUCGACCUCUACCUGGCCUACUUCGUGCACGCAGAAACGAGCCAAUCAGAAAGCCCCAACCAGGCCAGCGAAUCAGACAUCAAGGAGCAGCCAGAGAACGGUCACCUGGGAUUCCAAGACAGCUUCGUUACACCUGGAGUCUUCACCGUGGCCGAGCUCGUCCGAGUCUCUCAGACUCCAAUCGCAGCUGGAAGCGGGCCGAACUUUUCCCUGGCCGACCUGGACAGCUCAUCCUACUACAGCAUGAGCCCAGGACCCAUGAGGAGACCACUGCCCAGCACCUCCUCCUCCAGCUCUGCGAAAAGGAUAAAGUGCAUGGAGGAGGACGUGGACAGUCCGGGUGAGGAGUCCUACUAUCCAGGUCAGGGUCGAUCCCCGGGCAGCGGCAGCCAGGCCAGCAGCUGGCAUGACGUGGAGCCAGCUGGAUAUAAGCUGCGUGGCUCUCUAGCUAGCUCGUUCAUCUCCCGACAAGCGAGCCCCCACGCCCCCCCCUCCAGCCUCCAUUUCUCCUCCUCCCCCAUUCUGCAGCAGCCCGGAUCCUAUUUCUCCCACCCAGCCAUCCGGUACCACCCGCAGGAGACGCUCAAAGAGUUUGUCCAGCUGGUGUGCCCUGACUCCGCCCAGCAGGCUGGACAGGUGGGCCUCCUCAACCCCAACGGCAGCUCCCAGGGGAAAGUCCACAACCCCUUCCUGCCGACUCCCAUGCUGCCACCUCCCCCGCCUCCCCCAAUGGCCCGGCCCGUCCCGCUGCCGGUCGACUCCAAGCCGCCCUCCACCUCCUCCACGGAGGGGGGAGGCAACUCCCCCUCCUCCCCCACGUACACCACCCCGACCACAUCUCCAGCCCAGAGGUUUGUCAGCGUCGGGCCCAGAGACCCUGGAUUCAACAUCCCUCAGCAACCACAGUGGUACCUGGGAUAAGGACACCUGAGGCGCCAGCACCCAUCUUACAGUAAACUGCUGCAAUCUCUUCCUCCACCUUUGACACCAGCUGUGACAGACAGCCCAUCUCAUCUGUCCCUGGUCAACCCCCUUCCCAAUCCUGCAGAUCCUGGCUCCAUUGUCAAAUGACUCAGCGUCAGCAUGGCUAAAGCGGAUCAAACGUACCCCACUCUGUGAAUUUUUGUCCCAGAAGUCGUUGCAGAAUCUUGGAUCAUAUAUCUGUACUGCUGGAUCUGAGCCCUGAACCUUUUCCCCUGAAUCCCUGAUCUGAGGGGGAGUGACCCGCUUCUGGGAAAGUCGUCAGACUGAAUCACAGAAAUGCCUCUUUGAAAGAACUACGUAUCCCAUAUUUUUUUGCAGUGUGAACUUGCAGUGCUUUGAAGCCCUCCAUGCUGCCACCACCGCCCCUCCCUUCUCAGUGGAUCCUUGCAGCCUGGGGCUGGUGGGGCAGGGGUUGAUGGAGGGGGGCUGAGGUGUUACCUGGCUUAGAGACACCAGCAGAAAUACACCUCCUGGGAUGGACUUCGCAUCUGUACCUGGCUCUCUCUAUGAGGACAUGGACCAUACCUUGAUGGGAAGAGCUGAGCUGGGAGACGGUGCAGCAUGAACUAAAUGUGGGGGGCUCGGGGUGGGGGGUCCUGAAGGCCCAUGGCGGUCUGGAUUUGUUGGUAGGUUUCACCAGGCGCUUGUUUCUCUGGAGGCUUCGGCUUCAUAGCUCAUUGGUUUCUCUCUUUUAGUCACCAUUUCCUCCUCCAUCCAUCCACCUGUCUGGGUGAAGAUGCAGUGUACGCAGGGCGGGCCGAACCUCCGGGGUCCGGAGCCAUUCAGUCAGGAGAGAGCCUCGUCUCUCAAACCUAACAGUGAAAUCAUGAGGAAAAGUGCAAUUUUGUUGACUAGCUGUUGGAUUAUUAAAAAUCGUAUAUCUAAAUGUAUAUUUUUCUUCUAGUCCGUUCGCACCUCUGGACUCUAAAAUACUGGGGUAACAAAUCAAACAGACCUGGGUUCACUGAACCCUGACCUCAUGACAAAUAAGGGAUCCGCGUUGACUUUGGUCAUUUUUUGUACCUCUAUGAUAUUGAUAUGAGAACCCCUUAAAGAGAAAUCAGUUUCUUAGCAUCUCGUGCAGCUGCUUUUUAUUUGGUUAAAAAACGCAAAGCGAUUAAUUUAUUUUAGUGUUUCAGAAAAGACAAGUUAAACGUCUCCUGGAGCCAAAUCAGAAGAAUUUAGGCUUAAAACAAAUCAAUUUGGCAAGAUAAUCUGCCCGGUAACAGAUAAUCUGCCCGGUAACAGGCUGCCAUGGGAUAGCCUUACUCUUCCAGGGGCUCCGUCCAAUCACAAGCACUUCUUCCUGCAGCUGGCCAAUAUGCUGUGCGUGUGUAAUUAGGGGGCGUGGUUUAACUCAGCUCUUCUUCAGUUUGGUUUUUCUUUUUAUUCUAUAAAUAUCUAUACACACACACACAGCCAGCAUUAAAGAAAAAUGAAUUUAAAUGAAAAAGUCUUAAAAAGAACUAAAAAAAAAAUCUGCAUGUGUUCGUGUUAGUGCGUUUUUUUCCAUAGAUGAUGUAGUUAGUGAGAAACAGACAAUAUAUUGUGAAACUUCCCAACAUCAGCCACUUCCCAGGUGCUGUUGGUUAGUUCGGACCCGUUCAGGCCCCACCAACAACCAGUUGUCUUCGUUUUCCAGCAUCUCUCCAUUCUUUUCUACUCGUUUUUCCUGCGACAACAAAUCGGAUCGUAUGUUCUAUAAGAAAAUCGGUUGUUCCUCGUCGAUGUGGAGAGACAAACUUGAACUAAUUUCCUUCUGAUUGGCUCUAGUCAGUCACAUCAUCAGAGAUGUUGUGACUGACUAGAGCCCAAAUGCCAAAGUUGAAGAGGAGCCCUGUGGAGAACAUGUUUGAAGGGGACUAUAAGCUGAAAGCAGCAGUAAUCAGGCUCAUCCUGGUCCAGAUGGCGACAUUCAGUCAAAUGAGCAGCGAAGGUUAGGAGGCUGUUCAGGAACAUGGCGUGGAUCUGGAGCUUCCAUCCUGGGGUGAAGCCAGUAUCAAAUAAAUGUUCAAACCAACAGACAUGAAAAUAAUUAGUGUUGUCAGCAGGUGGCGCUGUAGGCUAAAUCAUUUAGGCCUUUUUAGGACCAGCUUAUCAAAAACUGAUUUAGAAGCAGUUUAAGGAGAACAUUCAGGGAAAAAAGAUCCUGUCUGAAGGUCAGAAGUUCACAUCUCUUCCAUGUUUGCAGCUGGAUUCUGUCUUCUCAGUAUUAAUGUCUGGUGUUUUCCACCAAAGCAGUUCCAGGUCUAAACAACAGCUGGUUUUACAGCUCGUUUCCCGAUGGCUCUAUAAAGCCAAAUGUAUGUCUGGUUUUCCACAGUCAGCCAAUCAGCUCGCAGAUGCAUCAUCUGUAAAUGUCCGAUCCUCCAUCUGCUGGAUUCAGAGCUUCUGUGGAGGACCACUGAGCAGGGAGGAGUUUAUCUCUUCAUCCCUGCAUCAACAGUCUGAUCUGUGGAGGUCAGUGCUCUCUGCUCAGGUUGCUGCUUAUACAGUUAAGCCCAGAAAUAUUCAUACCCCUGGCAGGUUUGGUUUGUCUCUGAGGAAACAUUUAAAAAGGAAAUAUCUUUGUAAGCAUCACAGCAACAAGAGCCUUCUUAAAGCUGCGGAGCUUUUGGAAGUUCCCUCUGGAAUUCAGAUGGUUUGCUGAUAAGCUCCAACAUGGCUUAAAUUAGACAGAAUAAAAAAAACAAUUUAGUUUUGAUUGGUUGUUAAAGGAGGUUCUAUUCUCUGGUUCUGCCCGCAACUCGGCACAAAGACAGAACCAGUUUUAUGGAGCCAGAAUCUGUGCAUAUGGGGCUGGAAACCAAACAUCCAGUUUAGCUAAAUGCUGCGUUUCAUUAACCUCGGAAGAAGGAACUGAGAUGUCGGAAUUUACGUCAUCUCUGAGUUGCAGCAUUCCAGUUUCCCGCUUGUUUUCGUUUGUAACAGCAGCCUUACAACAAUAACUGACAAUAAACACCGUUCUAUGCGGAGUUUCUGCCUCUAAACAGCAUUGAAACAUCUCUUAUCAACUCUGAAAAGUAGUACGUACAUGACCAACUAAAUGUUGCAUAAAUAAUAAAGACCUGUUAAAAACGAUUUUCUUCUGGAGGCCUGUCAUUAUAUGACACCGUUUAUAUCCAUCCUUCAAAGCUGAGAUGAUUUGAGAAAGCUUUACCGUUAGCUGUAGCACAGGGUAAAAGGAAGCGGGAACAGACUCCGCGCAUGCGCUAUAGCCAACACAAAAACCACAUGGAAGGAGCCCAGAUGUCAGUCAAAUGGGCCGAUACGCUCAUUUAUUAAUUUUCAGCAUAGCGGGCCGCUACGGGAACCCUGGGUCUGGUGGAAAGUCUCCCACCUGUGACCACAGGAAGCCACUAGGGGGCAUGCCAGCAGAAACAGACCCAACAGAAUUUAGACAUUUCCAGGAUUGGAGGGAAAAAAGCAACGUAGUGUUCCAGUAGAUAAAGUGAGCCGUGCAGGUCACAUCUAGCUUUCUUCUGUACUUAGGAAGAACGGCUGAUACUGGAGAAACCGCAGAGCACACUUUCUAUCAAACUUGUUUCAUCAAAUGAGCAAAGAAACUUGAUGUGAGAAUGAAGGUUUUCUGCAGAUGUUUUGCUCAUUUGACAGAAUGUUGACCUUCCUGGGAGGUCAGUCCAUGCUCCUCCUCUUUCUGAUGACUUUUACACCUGUUGCUGGAAAAACGUUCCCUGAUUGUUUCCUCUGUUCCCAGAUCUGUGUAACGGGGAUGUAAAAUAUACAAUAUCUGCUUGCUCUUACAGAUGUAUUCUGUCAGUUUCCGUCCAGUUCCGGGUCCGACGCUGUGAUGGUGGAGUCGUUCCACUUGGGUCGGUUCAGUUCUCCUCUGUUCUUGCCUUUCCUUUAGCCGUGAGUUGGGCAUUAACUAUCUGCACUAAAUAUGAAAUAAUUAAUAAAGAAAUGAAAACAGCGUCCAGGUCGUUAAAUGACCGAUGGGAAUAAAAUAAAAAAGUUGCACGGACAUUUCUAAAGUGUCAAAAAUAAUCAGCCUUGCAUUAAUCAGACUUUGGGCUGAGUCUAUGUUACCAACUCAAUUUGCACCGUUUUUAAGGAAACAAAAGUGAGUGUGAAAGCAAUAGUUUGGGCAGUGUGUUUCGUUCCUGUGUUUGUCUGUUGAUUUAGUUUGUUCUGCAGCUCCUCCUACUGACCGGAGGGCAGCGCCGCAGGGCCUGACUGAGACACAUAUCUCUGUGUUGUAUAGUUUUAUUGAUUACACUGAUUUUAAAGCUGCCCUAUUUUAUAAUGCAGGACUUUUGUAACAAUGACGAAAUGAGGAAACUCUUGUGUUGUGAAUUUUCUGACUGUUUGUAUGGAGGCCGCGUUAUUAGAACGGGUUUGGUUUUCUUUCUGGAAACUGGAUUUAAGUUGAAAACUUUCCUGUUUCCUUCUUUUUCUUGGGUUUAAUGUAUUUAUGGACUUUUCCUCUGUUGAUAUACCAUAUUCCUGCUCUUCUAAAGCCCAGGGCACCGUGGUGAUCCGAGCAUUGUAAAUGGAUGUUACAGUAUGCUGUAUGUUCAGUGUUGAUGAAGCUAAAUUUAGUCAUUUGAAGAAAAAACAAAUGAGUUUUUUAUUUGAAGGAGUUUAGUUUUUAGGCCGGAGACAAUGACAUAGCCAGCCAAACGAUGCCCCGACUAUAAAUGCAUCAAGGCAUCUUUUUUUGUGUUCACCAUUCCAUGCAGAAAAAUAAACAGCUUGAUUAUGCAACAUGA